UCAGUGGAGCAGUGCACAUGAGGAAUGUGGCAGUAAGAAGUGAUUACUGCUUCAUAAUUCUUAGAAGAUGGACAAAUCAAGCGGCCUGAUUUUCCUUUUCAUCUCUGUCGGAUAUUUGUGUCACAUGGCAAAUUCUGCUCUCAUGGAGAAACUGGCAAACAAAAAGAUUUGUGCAGAUGAGGAUUGUUCAUAUGUGAUUUCAAUGGCCCAAGCUCUUGAAGACUACAUCGCUUUGGACUGCAGAUUUAUAAACCUGAGAAGAGGCCAGAUGAUCUAUGUGUAUUCUAAACUCAAACCACAAGAGGGCGCUGGAGUCUUCUGGUGUGGGAGUGUUUACGGUGACCGGUAUGUAGACCAGAUGGGUGUGAUUGGAUAUUUCCCCAGUAAUUAUGUAAAUGAGACACACGUUUUUCAGAAGAAAACUGCUGAGAUGGCAACCACAGACAUGGACUUCUUCUGCGCUUAAAGACAGCAACCUGUUAUAUUUAUCUUUGCUUAUUGUAGUAAGAUUGAAUUUGCGCAUUUCAACCAAAUGUUCUGUUCUGCAUCUGGAGAAAGUAGGCCCAUUUUACCUACUGGAACUUUUAUUCUCUGUGUUUGAAAUUCAGGUAGAUUGGUAUAAUGAUUGAGAGUGAUUUGAAUGAGUUACUUGACCUGUUUCUAAAUCAUCCAAAAGCUUCAAAAUGUAUAUAUAUAUAUAUAUAAAAUGUACAGAUUUUGCUGUUUCAGAAGGAAAUUGGUACUUUAAUUCAUCAAAGUGGCAUUCAACUGAUCAUAAAGUAUAGUCAGGACAUUACUGAUGUAAAAAACAGCACCAUCACUAUUUGAAAAAAGUCAUUUUUGAUCAAAUCUAGACAGGCCCCAUUUCCAGCAGCCAUCACUCCAACACCUUAUCCUUGAGUAAUCAUGCUAAAUUGAUCAUUUGGUACUAGAAAAUCACUUGCACAUUAUAUCAAACACAGCUGAAAGCUAUUUGGUUCAUUAAAUGAAGCUUAACAUUGUCUUUGUGUUUGUUUUUGAGUUGCCACAGUAUGCAAUAGACUGACAUGUCUUAAGGUCAAUAUUAGGUCAAAAAUGGUGAAAAAGAAACAGCUUUCUCUAGAAACUCAUCAGUCAAUCAUUGUUUUGAGGAAUGAAGGCUAUACAAUGCUUGAAAUUGCCAAAAAACUGAAGAUUUCAUACAAAGGUGUACACUACAGUCUACAAAGACAAAGGACAACUGGCUCUAACAAGGACAGAAAGAGAUGUGGAAGGCCAGAUGUACAACUAAACAAGAGGAUAAGUACAUCAGAGUCUCUAGUUUGAGAAAUAGAUGCCUCACAUGUCCUCAGCUGACAGCUUCAUUGAAUUCUACCUGCUCAACACCAGUUUCAUGUACAACAGUAAAGAGAAGACUCAGGGGUGCAGGCCUUAUGGGAAGAAUUGCAAAGAAAAAGCCACUUUUGAAACAGAAAAACAAAAAGAAAAGGUUAGAGUGGGCAAAGAAACACAGACAUUGGACAACAGAUAAUUGGAAAAGAGUGUUCUGGAUCUUAACCCCAUUAAGCUUUUGUGGGAUCAGCUAGAAUGUAAGGUGCGUGAGAAGUGCCCGACAAGACAGCCACAUCUAUGGCAAGUGCUACAGGAAGUGUGGGGUGAAAUGUCACCCGAGUAUCUGGACAAACUGACAGCUAGAAUGCCAAAGAUCUGCAAAGCUGUCAUUGCUGCACAUGGAGGAUUUUUUGAUGAGAACUCUGAGGUAGUUUAAGAAGUUCUGAACAUUUUUUUCAAAUUGUAAUAGUAAUUUUUACUAUUUUUCACAUUAUUACUGUCCUGACUAUACAUGAUCAGUUGAAUGCCACUUUGGUGAUUAGAAGUACCAAUUUCUUUCCUUAAGAGCAAAAUAUGUACAUUAUUCCAAACUUUUGGCCACCAGUGUGUGUAUAUAUAUAUAUAUAUAUAUAUAUAUAUAUAUAUAUAUAUAUAUAUAUAUAUA